AAGAAGUCUGUGAUUGAUCAUGGUCCCCUCUGGUGUAGUUCACUUUUUGUAUUUGAAGACUGUAAUGGUGACAUUGCCAGUUAUUUCCAUGGAAUCCAGAAUGUUGCACACCAAGACUAACAGAACUCCUCUAAAAGAUCACUUCUAUGCUGUUGGUGCAAUGAAGAAGGGCAAAUCUACUAAUGCUGACUAUGAAGAUGACCUUCCUUUAUUUCUUGGUGUUGAAUCAAUUUCUGAUGUCACAUUUUUCUCAAGGCUCCAAAUUAGAGAAGCAGUGUUCCACUCCAGAGCAUACAAGAGAAUUUCCAGAAGAAACAAUUACGCCAUUGCUUACCAGCAGGGAGACAGUAUAUAUUAUGGGUACAUUGAAGCAUUCUUUUCAGUCAGGAGUAAUCCAAGUGUGGCUUGUGGGGCUGUCAUUGCUCCUAUGUCAAUCUCUGGUCGGCAUGUAUGUAAAAGCCAUGAAGUUCUUGGAAACCUAAUUAGCCACAUUGUCUGUCUCCACGAGCCAAACAAGAACAGGUUCACAGUUGCCCCUCCCAAAGACAUUAUCGACAUAUGAGUUUAUAUCAAGUUUCCAGACUGUGAUGUGAGUUAUGCAGCACAUUUCCCAAACCAUAUUGAAAAAGACUUAAAUUUAUUCUCGGCUUUAACUGUUGAACCUAAAUUCACCUUGACUGUGAUACUAAAAACCGAUCAACAAAGACAGAUUUUUUUUCUUGAUGUUUUAACACCUUAACAGUAGUUACUAUAUCUCCAUAAAUAUGUAUUAAACAUGAGUGAAGAGAGUUUGUCCAUUGAAGCAAUUCUCAUAGGUAUGGUAGAUCAUAGAGUUGUUUCAUAUCAUUUCUUAAACCUCUUAUAGUUGAAACUGGAAUCAAAGUUUGUGGAAGUUCAACUUGAAAAUGCAACAGGAAUCUUCUGCUUUGAUUGCGCAAUAUUUUAGUAAGUUAUGAGUGCCAAUGCAUAAUUUUUUAUUCAAAAGCCAUUUUUGUCAUGGGUGGAGUUUGUAAGAAUUAAGCUGAGUAGGUUCAAGAGCUUUACUUGAGAUCAAAACAUAUAGCAUGUACACUGUAUAAACAUAUACUUAGAUUGAUAGACUAAUCACCUCAGUCUAUUUUUGGCCAUGUAAGCCGAAGAGUGUAAGGUAAAACAGUUGAUUUACAUAAAUCAUUGCACAACAGCUAGAAUAUGAUGUAAAGAUAAAGAUAUUACAACAAAGUCAUAUAACUUGUCACAGGGUUCAAUAACCAACAGUUAACUGUGUUUUGCAUCAUGAUUACUUAGUAGAAAUCUACAUGUAUUGAACACUUCGUUAUAUUAAUGACUAACAUGUAUAGUUCACCAAUAAAAAACUCUUUUUAAACAGAACACUUGUCUUGUCACUUGCUGGUUCUUUGAAAUGAUGUAGGCCUCUUUCACCCAACCAUUGUCUCUUCACUUGCUGGUUCUUUGAAAUGAUGUAGGCCUCUUUCACCCAACCACUGGCUUGUUCAUUCAUAUCUCUACAAAAGUUUUCCUUUGGUCUCACAGUUUUCUAUGAGAGCCUCGCCUGGAAACUCUAAGGGAGAAAAUUUCACUAAGGGUCUUUGGCCCCAUAGAAUUCCCAUAUAAAUUAAUCAUAUGGAAACUCUAUGGGAGUCAAUUUCUUGUAGAGCUUUUAUAAACUC